AUCCCGGCUGGGGCGGUCAGGCUGGAUGUUGCCUGGGAAGCAGCUCCGGGUUGCAGGGCAGGGACGCGCCCUUCCCCCGUGCAAACUUUCAGUCGCUGCGACGGAAGCAGGAACUUGGUCACGACAAAAUCUGCGGGACCGGUGCGGGAGCUGCGGAGCAUCCCCUGCGAUCCUCCCCAGAGCCUUGCGCCGCUUCGCUGGUUCUUUGCAAAAGCGACCUAACUGUCCUUGGGCCCAAGCGCCGCGGGGGCCACAGGGGUCUCUCGCUUGCAGAGAAAAAGCAAUCUGUACAAUUUUCCUGAAGUAAACUGAGACCAGAAGAGCCAUCCUUGGUCUCUGCAGAGAGAUCAAGACUAAGCAACAGUUCAGAAUGCUCUUCAGGGGAACCAGCUUGGCUUACUCGUUGCUGGUCAUUUCCUUCCUGACACCAAGGUCGUCUGCUGGUCAGAACUGCCUCACCAAGAGUCUAGAAGACGUUGUCAUUGACAUCCAAUCGUCGCUUUCAAAAGGCAUUCGAGGCAAUGAGCCCAUACACUUGGCAACUCAGGAAGACUGUAUCGGUGCCUGCUGUUCAACAAAAGACAUAGCAGGGGACAAGGCAUGUAAUUUGAUGAUCUUUGACACCCGGAAGACAGACAGACAGCCCAACUGCUACCUGUUUUUCUGUCCCAGCGAGGAUGCCUGUCCGCUGAAGCCAGCCAAGGGCCUUGUGACCUACAGGCUCAUCAGAGAUUUUCCGCUGACCAGCGCUAAUUCAUCACUCCAACAGUUAACACAAGGAGAGUUUCUCUUACUUGACCAUUCGUCACCAGGAGCCACCCCUGGGUUUCGUACCCCAGCAGGUUACCCAAAGCCCACCGGCCUGUCUUGGAGUGACAGAUCUUCUCUGAAGUCCACAGCCCCCCUGCACUUGCGCAAACACAUCAAGGCUGAUGAAACAAGCAUGCAGCUCCCUGAAGAAAAAAGCCAUUCUCAGAGUUUACAGCUUCCCUCAGAACUAAAAAUGGCUCAUCUGCUCCCUAAAACUGUGCCGACUCCACCUACCACUGUAGCUGUGGCUCCCCUCCGUAACGUCUCUGCCACCCUGAAGCCUGAGCUUCUGUUGACCAGCAUUUCAGUGACAGCUAAGACUUUGAAGCAGAAGGAGGCCACCACAGCAUCACCUGUCACCACCGUGACCUCGAAGCUCCCAGGAGUCCCAGGGUCUACAAGUUUUACACCCGUGGUUACACAUCAGGCAGCUUUGACUAACACCUUUCAGGCACAUACAGACUCCAAAGGCAUCUUAGAAACAAUGCCCUUUCAAGGAGGCUCUACGCUGACUUCAGACCCGAGGCACGGGAAAAGCUCAACCUCAGAGUCUUCCAUUACAAACAAGACUGCUUCCUGGGAGGACAGGAGGGUCAGUGUAGGCAGCGCAUCGCUGAACAAGGGUCCAAAAAGCCAGCAUGGCCUUUCAUUUGAGAAGUGGCUUCUCAUUGGGACCCUCCUUUGUGGUGUUUUGUUUCUGGUAAUAGGUCUCGUCCUCUUGGGUAGGAUGCUGGUUGAAGCCCUCCGUAGGAAACGGUAUUCAAGACUUGACUACUUGAUCAACGGGAUCUAUGUUGACAUCUAAAGACAAGUUCGGUAUCUCUUAGUUCAUGUAAGAACUCAUUGCCAAUCGCACCUGUGUCCCUUCUGCCCAGCCGGUCUCAGCAGGAACUGUAUCUUGAAGAAUAGCCCUACUUCCCUCCCCCUCCCCCUCCCCCUCCUCUCCCUCCUCUCCCUCCUCUUCCUUUUCCUUUUCGAAACAGGCUCAGGUAGCCCAGGCUGGUUUUGAACUCCUGAUCUUCCUGCCUCUGCCUCCUGAGUUCAGGGAUUGCAGAUUUUCACUACCAUGUCUGGAUUUUUAAUUAAAAAAAUUUUUUUUAAUUUUUUUUUUCCCAAUACUACAUACAGGUCAGGGUCCUCUGCAUGCUAGGCAAGCCAUCUCCUUCUGAGCCAUCCCUCAGUCCAACCACUUUCUGUUUGUCUGUUUGGCUUUUUUUUUUAAAGAGGAAGAGAAGAAGGGUUAAAAGAAACUAAGUUAAGUUACUGAGUGAUCUGUCUGUAACAUAGUAGCUGAAAAUAAUUCCUAACUAGAAUGUUAAGUAUACUUAAAUAUAAACUAGAAACGUAGUAUCUGGCUUUAGAUCAAGACAGCUUGUUGGUUUAGGACAUCUGAGCUCUGAUUCAUUACUAUUCCCCAUUCCAGAUAAUGGCAACUGUUUGAUACGAGUUUUAAUGGGUCCUCUUUUAUUUUUAUUUUUUUAUUUUAUAUGAAUUCCAAUAAAAUUCAUUCCAGAUGUAUCUUCCUCCAAUUAAAUAUUUGAAUAAAUCUCUUGUUCUGGCGGCACA